AUGUCUGCAGUUCAUGGAAGUAUCCGCGUCGGGGACGUCAAUCACUUUCCGAUGUAUCAUGAAGGGCCUCUGCAGAUGAGCGGCAUGCUGAGCUCAGAGUAUGGCCCCUCCGACUCGACCAACUACUUCAGCUCCGGCAGCUCGGUGCCGAGGGCGGACAGAUGCAUGGCGCUGCUGACCCACAGGAGAAAGAGGACCAACUUCACCCAGCAGCAGAUAGAGGUGCUGGAGAAAGUCUACUCAGACACCAAGUACCCUGACAUCUACCUGCGAGAGAGACUGGAGGCUCUGACCGGCCUGCCCGAGUCCAGAAUUCAGGUGUGGUUCCAGAACAGAAGGGCCAAGUCUCGGCGUCAGGUCGGCUCUUCAGUGUCCCUGAAAGUCCCCAACUCUCAAACGGGCCAGUUUAACCAGCUCCAGAGCAGGAUGGGCCCUGAGCCAGUUUAUGAUAACACCCGUGGGGCGGAGACACACAGAAUGGAGAGUUACGCACUGGAGGACAGCUUCAGACCGACACUGUGCAAAAACGCAGAAGAUGCGCACAGGACCAGCCGACCCUCCAAACCCAGCAGCUAUGAACACACAUCUGUCCCCUGCAUCUACGAUAAGGAGGGGAGCGGGGUGAAGCCUGAGCAGAUAAAACGAAAUGAAUUAAGUGUUCAGGUGCCUUGUAAAGUCCAUCUUUACCACAAGGAAAAUGGCCAUCACGCAAAGGUCCAAGCAGGCAUGAACCAGGGUCCCAAGGUUCUGGUGGAAUAUGACAAUUUUCCACCCAACAAAACCAUUGGACCAGAAAUGAAAGUUGUUAUUCCUCCUAUCCCGAGCAAGAAUAACUUCAGCAGGUCACCAAAGGAUGCUGGCUGCCAAGCCCAGUAUCCCCAGGUGAGAGCAAACGGGGACAAGUUCAGCCACUUCUCACCCAUCCACACCACUGAGGCCCAGGACUUUUCGGAUUCAGACUCUGACUGGGAGAACGGUGCUAUGGCUGGCUUUGGUGGCUUUAUGUGA